AUGUCGCUUCUCGGCGCCCGCAAGGCCUUGAGCAACACAUUCACCAAGCAAACACCUCUAUCCUCCAUCCCCUACACCACCCGUCCAGCGAUGGCCACACUAUAUCGCGGCACGCCACCUCCUCGCCUUGCAGUCCAGGUCUCAAGAUACUCCUCCCGACAACGGGUCUCCAACUGGCCGAGACCAAGGUUCCACAGGAAGGUUGAAGCCGAGUACUGCAUAAACCCAGAGCAAGUGAGGAAUAUAUCCGAGAUGUUGAAGAGAAUCGUCAAGACCGCGAAAGAGAACACCCAGCUGGCAAGAGAGAUUCUCAGGCUGUCAAAGGACAAUCUCAGAAGUCUGCACGAGCUCCAGACGAGUCUGGAUGAGAAACCAUUGGGCGAGUCCCGUCCGGCCUUGCAAAAGCAGACGGAAGCGAACAGGAAAGCCGGUCACAUCGACUUCCGUCGGUGUUGCAGCGUAACCAUAGGAUUUCUUCUCGGCUUUGUCUUAGUGCAAAAGCUUUUAGGCCUUCACCACCUCAAGCAAAAGGAGCAGGAGAAGAAAGACGAGCCAUGGGAAAACAAUUGUUGA